AUGUUUAACGGUGCUUGCUAACAUUGUAUUGCUAACGCCAGGAUGAGUUCUCAACGGGACCCAGGCCCACACUCCCCGAGACUGGAGGCUGUGAUUCAGAAGUUGGAGGAGUCUCUGCUUCACUCUGACGGCAGCUCGGGAGAGAGGACAAUGACACUUGGAGGUGAUGGACAGGAGUCCGGUGUCAGUCCUACACGCGUCUCCACCCGCAUACGCCAGAUCAUCACCCGCAACCUGGCGGAUCAGCCAGCUGAUGGGAGUUCUGAGGUCAGUGAGCUGGAGGAGAGAAGGGCCUCGAGGGAGCAGCUUUCUCCGAACCAGAUGGACCGUGACCAGCCGCCAGUCAAACAGGCCAGUCUCACAGACAGGCUGGAUCAGAUGCUGAUGCUGCAGUCAGCAGUGGACUCAGACCAGGACAGUGAGUCAACAGGGUCUCUGCAACUGCAGAACAAGGAGAGAGCUUACAGGCAGAAACUGCAGGCAUACCAGGAGGCCCAGCAGAGACAGGCCCAGCUCGUCCAGAAGCUCCAGACCAAGGUUCUUCAGUACAAGACGAGGUGUGGAGAGCUAGAAGAGCAGGUGCUGGAGAAGACCUCAGAGUCUGAGAAGAUGAGGUUGUUGCUCCAGGCCCACCUGGACUCGGCCCAGCGUCAGCAGCGGACAGAGCAGGAUCUCAACGUGGCUAUCCAGAAUAAGUCUGCUCAGCUGGAGGAGGAGCAAAAGAGGUGUGCCAGCCUCAGCCAAGUCAACUCUAUGCUGCGGGAACAGCUGGAGGAGGCGGGCACUGUCAACCAGGGGCUAACGGAGAGCCUGUGGAAGGCCCGCGAAGACACUGACUUGUGUGAUUCCCGUCUGCGCAGAGAGCAAGAGACGUGCGCCUCCCGGCUGAGUCGUGAACAGGCCCGUGUCAGAGCACUGUGGCGCCAGGCUGCUUCCCUGCGGACCACUUUCACCCAGCUGAGGACUUUCACUGACAGGACUCUGUCUGAUAUACGGGGGGAGUGUGUCGCCACCGGCAGGCAGCUGCACGUCGCCUGCAUGACCACAGAGGCCAAAGUAACACAGGAGAGCACCUCUAGUGGUGUGGAGAUGUCAACACUGGACAGGCAGCUGAAGGACAAGCUGAAAGAGGCCAUGCAGCUUCAGGGUCGCUGGGAUGCAGAGAAAGUCGAACUGAACUCCAGAGUCCUGGAGCUGACUGACGCGGUGAAGCACCUCCGUGGCCAGAGCGGGGAGAAGGAUUCCAGCCUCAACACCAUGCAGAUCAGUCUGGACAGGAUGGAGACGAGGAGAACAGAGGAAAAAGCCGAGAUGGAGGUCCUCCACACGGAGAUCCAAGCCCUCCAAAAUAUUCUAUGUCAUGUUCACCAGUUGGUUGGCGGAGAGGGUGAUGGCAGCGGCUCUGAAAGCGCGUCCUCCUCACCUCUUCAUUGCCGGUCUCCUCUGAGGAACACCACCCUGAUGGCUGUGCACAGCGCUCUGUCCAAGCACCAGAAACAAACACAGGACCUGCGUGGCCGUCUGGAUGCUGCCCUAGAGCAAGUGGAAACCCUGCGGGAUCACCUGCAGGAGAGGGACACUGAGAGAAGAGAGCUGGAGCAGAGGAUCCAGGAAGUAAGGAGGGAAAGUCAGGAGGCUAAAACAGCUCUGGAGGAAAACCUCAGAGAGGGCCACAGAUAUCGCUGCUCACUGGAGCUCAUGUCCAGUGAGAAGGCCAGCAUGGAGAAGCGGCUGUCAGGGCUGCGGCAGGAGGCGGACUCCCGGCGUGCCGAGCUGGAGGCACUGCGCAGUUCAUCGCUGGAGCUCCAAAGACAGCGGGACCUCCUGAGGCAGCAGAGGGAGGAUCUGGAGAUGCAGCUGGCACGCCAGCGCACGGAGGCCCAGAGAGGCGAGAGGAGUCUGGAGGAGCUUGAAGGGAAGCACUCCAUUUUGCACCGGGAGCUUGUGACAGUGAAGGAGGCUCUGAGUCAAAUCACCCUGCAGAAAGAGGUGUUGGAAGAUGAUAAGGCCAGCCUCACUCUGGCUCUCAGCAAGAUGGAGGCCCAGAGUGCUGCACACGAGUUAGCCCUCACCAGACUGCAGCAUCAGGAGGCUGCCCUGAAGGAUUCUCUGGCUAAAAUGGCUGCCCUGAGCGAAGGCUUGGCCAAAGACAAGGUGGAGCUCAAUCGCAUUCUGCUGCAGACCGAAGGUGAGAAGACAGAGCUCGGUGGACGUAGAAGGGAAGCUGAAAUGGAGCGGGCAGCGGCCCGGGUGGAGACAGCGCGGGGGCAACAAGAGAUGAUGAAUCUGCUCGCUGAGAAACAAGCCCUGGAGAGCUCCUACGGCCACUCGCAGGACCUCUGCCAGCGGCUCGAAGCAGAGCUGAGCCUGCUGCACGAGGAGCACUCCCAGGUCAACAGGCAGAUGCAGACUGUGUCAGAGGAGCUGUGUGCGUGCAGGAAGGAGCUUGAGACACAGACCACAGCCCUACAGAGAGCUACCCAUGACAGGGAGGAGCUGGCCAAGGCCAGGGCUGCUCUGGAUGUCAAGCUAAGCUCCGCUGACCGAAAGGCCUGUGGUCUCACGCAGGAGCUGGUUGCACUUAGAGCGGAGAAGGAGUCCCUGGAGACGGCUCUGUAUGAGACCCAGGAGCUUGCCUCGUCCCUUGAGGCCGAGUGCACCAGGAUGGAGGGGGAGAGGCGCAGCUUGCUCCUGGCUAACGAGGCCUUGACGCGUGAUGCCGCUCGGAUGCGCGUGGACGCUGAACUCCAGUUGGCGCAAGCGGCACAGGAGCGGAGCAAGCUGGAGGAGAAGCUGGCACAGGUGGAGAGGAAUGCCCUGCUGACACUGAACUGCAAAGAGCAAAUUCACAGAGAGCAGCUUGAAGCUGAACGCCGGCAAAAGGAACAACAGUGCGCGGAGCUGACAGUUCAGCAGGAGCAGGCUGAGGAGCAGCUGCGUAGACAGUGUGAGGAAUGGCGUGUGCACCGCCAGAAGGAGCUGCAGCAGGUGCAAGAGGAGCUGGCCAGGCAGCAGCAGGACUUCAACCAAAGCCUCCUGCAGGCUGAGAGUGAAAAGCAGCAGGCGUUGUCCCAGAAGGAGGCAGAGAAGGCUGCCAUCACGGAGAAGCUCGCCGCCCUGCAGCAGGACCUGGCCACAGCAGGCAUGGAGCUUGAGUGCAUGCAGAGGGAGGCACUUAGCAAACAGGAGCAGGAAAAGAACGUAGCGGCCGUCCUCCAGUCUGAGCUGCAAGACUUGCAAACUCAAUUUGAGGAGUCUUUGAACUCCCAUGAGAAUGCCAAGAAGAGUCUGAUUGAGCAGGUCCGAGAGUUGAACCAGCAUAGAGAACAUACACAACAGGAGUUAGAGGGCCUUCGUCGGCAGCUGCAGGAGACAGAGGAUGGACUUAUUAAAGGGCGAAGGGAGUCGAUUGAGGCUCACAGAGAGCUCCAGGAGUGUGCACAGGAGCGGGACAGGCAACGGAAAGACGCCCUGGACCUGAGAAGGCUCCUGGGUGACGAGACCCGGGAGAAAGAGGCUAUCCAAGCCUCCAACCAGGAGCUCAGAGCUUUCAUCAAGAGAGCAGAGAGUGACAACAGCAGCUUGAGACGAGCCGUGGAGGAGAGGGAGCAGAAAGUUGCUGUCUCAGAGGAAUGUAAGCGCUCGAUGCUCCAAGAGGCAACCGCCCGACGGAGUAGUAUGAGAGAGCUGGAGAAGUCUUGCCUGCAGGCACGCAGAGAUGUGCAGGAUCUGCGCAGACAGGUAAAAAUCCUUGAGGGCGAGAACGGCCGUCAGAAGCAGGAGCUGCGAGAGCUGCAGGGCCGGGUAUGUCAGGAGGAGCAGAAGGAGGAGGAGGCGCGUCGCGAGGCUUUCACUCUCAAGCAGAGAGUGCUGGAGUGCGAGGCUGGCAGAGAGGCAGCGCUGAACGAGGUUUCAGGUCUGCAGCGCCGUGUGGUGGAGCUGGAGACAUUGGAGCAUCAGAACCGAGAGCUGCUGCAGGACAGAGAGGCUUACGAGCAGCAGAGUGAGCAGAGGCGUAGAGAAACAACGGUCCAGCUGGAGGAAGCACUGGAGGACGGCGGGAUCCAGGUCAAGCAACUCUCAUUGCAGGUCGGCCUUGCUGAAAGCAAAGUCCAGGGCCUGGAAGAGCAGCUGAGCCUCGGCGACGCCAAACGCAGAGACCUGGAGCUCAAGUUGGCGGGGUUGUAUUCAGCUCUGCGCCGCACUGUCGGCAGCGGCCAUGCAAGGCUUUCGGGCACCCCCGGGUCCCACAAACAGUCUCCCUCCCCCAGGAGGAACCACCUGCAAGUAACAGCGGGAGACAAUGACACAGAUGGAUCUGUGUUGUCUCGUGGUGAAGAUGAAGAGCUGGAUGUGGACACAGUGCACGCAGCCCUGCGGCAAUUCCAGCAGGAACUCAGGGACACACAAAGAAACAGGGAUGAAGCCAAGGAGCAGUUAGUUGGUCUAAGUCAGCAGGUGAUCGAGCUCCAAGGCAGCCAGGAUAAAUCAGCCACCCAGCUGCUACAACUGCACAGGUCCCUGAAGCAAUCAGAGCAGGUAAACAGAGAGAUGGCAGAGCGGUUGCACGAGGCGCAUACAUCCCUUUCCCUGCAGGAAGAAAUAGUACGUCGCACAGAGAGGGAGAAGAGAAGCCUUGAGGAGGAAGUAGCUCAGCUCAAAACCAGUCUGCAAGCUGCUGAGGCUGAGACCAGGGCACUGCAAGACAAGCUGGAGCUCCUGCAGGGCUUGGAAUCACGGGCAAAUGUAGAACAACAGAAGCUGAAGGAGUCCCUACAUGCAGCAGAGAGCAGGGUGAGCCGUCUGGAGCUCUCCCAGCGCACCCUCGAAGGUGAGCUCCAAAGGGCCCAGCUCAGGGCCGCAGAGCUGGACGCAGAGGCGGGGGCCUUGCAGGAAAGACUGACGGAGCUGAGGAGGAAGCUGAGUGAGAGCGAGGACCGGGGCGCAGCGCUCAGGGUCAGCGAGGAGAGGUUGGCCGCGUCACUGGCUCGAGCUGAGCAGCAUGAGAGCCAGCUGAGAGAACAGAGCCACAAAUUGUCCAACACCCUCAGCGACAACAGGACCAGCAGCGGAGCCCUGCAGGAGCAGAUCACACGGCUGCAGAGGGCUCUGACUGCCAGCGAGCAGGACCGAAGGCUGCUGCAGGAACGUCUGGAUCAAACACGAAAUGCCCUCUCAGACAGAAAGAGGCUGAGCCGCACACUAGCAGAGCAGACACAGAACCUCCAGAGAGCCCAAGAGGACUUGGAGCUUCAAAACUCUGAGCUGGAGAAGCACAACAGGACACUGAAGGAGAGCCUGAAGCAAGUGCAGGAUGCUGACGUGCAGGCCCAGGGGAGCUCCCAGCUGCUGCUGCUGCAAGAGAAGGAGGAACUCCAGGACAAGGUCACCAAUCUGCAGAGCUCUCUGCAAAAGCUCCAGAGUGAGAGAGCAGAGAUGGAGAGGGUGCUGACGCGCCUCGGGAAAGACAAGUCAGCGCUCAGAAAGACGCUGGAGAGGGUGGAGAUGGAGCGGCUGAGGAGGGAGGAGGGGGAGGCUGCGGCGGCGGCCAGGGACCAGGAGCAGUUGGGACGGACAGUCUGCUGCCUGGAACAGCAGCUGGCUGACAAGCAGGGUGAGCUGCAGACUGUGCAGGCCCAAGUCUCCCAGUUGGAGCACGCUCAUGCACAGCGCCUCCUGGAGGUGACAGCGCGCCAUCACCAGGAGUUGGAUUUGGAUACGGAUCGUCUCAGAGACAGCCAGUUUCAAGCAGAGCAUGCCCUGGAGACAAGGGAGAAGGCACAUCGCCAGAGGGUCAAAUGCCUGGAGGAACAGGUGCUGACUCUGAAAGAGCAGCUGGAUCAGGAGACAAGAAGACGACAGGCCUAUUUCAAUCAGAUGCUCCAACCCGGUGUGUAA